AUGCCGCUGCAGACUGAGAUCCUGCGUGAAGUCUGGGCAGCUGACAGGGGUGAGAAGCGGAGGAAGAAGAAAGAGAAAGCAGAGGAGGAAAGUGGCAAGGACCCCUACUCCAAACUCACCAAGGAACCUCGGAAGAAGAAGGAGGGCCCCGCCCCCCGCUCCUACACGGCCAAGGGGCCCAAGAAGCAACAAGAGCCAGCUGAGGAUUCCGAGGAUGAGGAGGUGGAGGAGGAGAUGGAGAAUAAAGACCUACCGAAAAAGCUCAAUAAGAAGCUGCUCAAAGAACCUCCCUUGGUGAGCCGGGAGAAGAAGCUGAAGCCAAAGGACAAGAGUGACCCUGAAAGCAAAGCCAGACCUGCCAAAAGCACCAAGAAGGAGUCCAUGUCCAUGUUCCAGGUGAACGGGAGAAAAAAAGCAGAAGAAAAUCAAGAAGAAGCCACCACCGGCAGUGAUGAGGAGGAUGAUUCUGACUCCAGCACCAAGCCCCAUCAGGUCAGAGAGAAGAAGAACCCAGUGUCCCUCUUCCAGACUGGAGGGGACCCCCCCAAGGAAAAGAAGACCAAAAAGAAAGCCAAGAGUGACGAGGAGACUCUGGAGACCCCACAAAAGAAUUCCAACAGGAAGGGAAAAGUGAAGAAAUCAAAAAGGCAAAAGAGGGAGAGGCCCCCAUCACCCAUCAUCGAGGUGGACCACCUGGAGGAGUUUGUGCUGCGGCCUGCACCACAGGGAGUGACCAUCAAGUGCCGAGUGACCCGAGACAAGAAGGGGAUGGACCGGGGGCUUUAUCCCACCUAUUACCUCCAUUUGGAUAAUGACAAGAAGGUAUUCCUCCUCGCGGGGAGGAAGCGUAAGAAGAGCAAAACCUCCAACUACCUCAUCUCCAUUGACCCCACUGACCUGUCACGGGGAGGAGAGAACUUCAUUGGGAAGCUGAGAUCCAACCUGAUGGGUACGAAGUUCACAGUGUUUGACAACGGUGCAAACCCUGACAGGGCAAAUGCCAACUGGUCAAACGUGCGUCAAGAGCUUUCAGCUGUGGUCUACGAGACCAAUGUUUUAGGGUUCAAAGGCCCCCGGAAGAUGACAGUCAUCAUCCCUGGGAUGAACUCUGACAAUGAGAGGGUGCCUAUCCGGCCCCGAAACGAUAAUGAUGGCCUCCUGAUGCGAUGGCAGAACAGGAACAUGGACAAUAUCAUUGAGCUGCACAACAAGGCACCGGUGUGGAAUGAUGAGACCCAGUCCUAUGUCCUCAACUUCCAUGGCAGGGUCACCCAAGCCUCUGUCAAAAACUUCCAGAUCGUGCAUGACAGUGACCCUGACUACAUCGUGAUGCAGUUUGGGCGUGUGGCAGAUGAUGCUUUCACCAUGGACUACAACUAUCCUCUGUGUGCAGUGCAGGCCUUUGCCAUUGCCCUCUCCAGCUUUGAUGGGAAGCUGGCCUGCGAGUAGCACCCAUGCUGGGGCCAAUGGGACCACCAGGGCUGCUGGGACUAUUUGGCCACUAGGGCCACUGUGGCUGCUAGGGCUACUGGGGUGACCAGGACCACUGGUGCUGCUGUGUCUACUUAAGGCCACCAGAGCUGUUGAGACCACCAAGGCCACUGAGGCUGACCACUGCUACUGAGGGUUACAUGGGCUGCUGGGACUGCUGUGCUUACUAAGGCCACUAGGGCUGCAGGGGUCACUGGGUCUGCUGGGAUUAACCAGGGCCACCAUGGCCAUUCAGGCUGCCAGAACCAUCUGUCCGUGCCCACUGGAUGCUCCUGCAUCUCCAUCCUGCUCUGCUUUCUCCAUCUCUACUGUCUGCCAGGCCAGUACUCAAUGGCUGCAGCCACUCCUGGGGUGACUCAAGGUGCCUCAGGGCACUGUGGGGCACUCAGCCAGCCACAGUCACCCUCUCUGGGGACAGAUCACCAGUCUGGGGCAGAUGGCACAAUCAGGCCAGGGUAUAUUUAGCAGAUGAGGCUGUGUGAUCUCGACCUCAUCUCUCUGAGAUGUUUCUUGGACUUAGAUCCUGGAAACUUAUUCCUCUUUUGGAUUCUGGUUUGUAUUGUGUGGCUCAAUAUCUCAGUGAGAGGGUGGGCUCUUUGGUCUGUGUUUCCUCAUCCCUCUCAUGAGCCCACAUGCAACCAGGGUCUGCCCAAGCUCCUGGCGAAGAGCCUGCCCAUCUUAAUGUUGACCAGGCACCAAACUCGUAUUUUACCCCAUUUUUCCCUGGCACAGGUAAUGUGUGGCACUAAUGGUGUCUUUUUCAUGUCCUGAGCUCUCCACGCCAGUGGCUGGAUGCCUUUGGGGAUCUGGAUCCUUGAGGAGCAGCCUGAAACCCAGAGCACCAGCAGCACGUGGACACAUGCCAAGGGAAGGUAGUGCUGGUGAAGGAGGGUUGGCAGCCACGUGAGGCAGGGCUUGGCUGGGUUGGUGCCACCAGGAGGGACUGGAAGCAAAAACUCUGGGUGCACCAGGAAGCACCAGGGUGACUCACACGGUGUGGCUUGGUGCUGAGUCAUGCUCAGCACCUGUCUGGGCCUGGCUGAGUCCCCUUUUUGGUGGUGGUCUGAACCCCUACCCCCAAGUUAAUGCUGCAAGAGGUCACUGAUGCAGCAGAUGUGAUUUUAACAGAGGGAUACUUGCCCUCAAGGAGCAGUGUCAGAACAUGGCCUGAACCCAUCCCCAUGGGGAGCUGGGGACGUAUAACAGUAACAACGAGACCAUGAGCUGCAACUGGACCACUGGCCAACAUCUGCACCAGCAGCUCUGCUGUUGGAGUCCAGGUUUUCCCACCAGCUGCACGACUCCAGGCUCCAUGAUUCAUCAGCAGAUGCAGAGGAAGAUGGAGGUGGACAGCUGGGGGGACAACAGACCAGCAUGGGACAUUGUCCCCUUACCCAUGUGGUGAGAUCAGAGAUUUUCUAAGGGGAGAAGCAGAGCCCAUGGUUUGGGGCCAGCAUCCCCUGGCUAGGUGUGGCCAGGAAACAUGGGGAAAACGAGUGCUUUCUGCCCCAAAUCCAGCCACGGAUCCAACAUCUGUUUGGAAUCGAGAGAGGCUUAGCUGAUGGUCAGGCUCACACCCGUUCCUGCUUCCUCUGGUGGAAGCAGAAAAGCUGAAGUAGGGUGAGAGAGAUGGGUUUGGGCUUCCCAGCCUCCUGCUGGAGCACAAACUUCCAUUAUCACAACAGCUCUCUGGGGAGUUUCUCCCUUCUAUUGCCCAGAAAGUCUCCAUGCUGCCCCUUGUUGCUUGCAAGUCACUCAGGAUUCCCAGCCUGUGGCCCAAGCAGAGCAGAACCCAUCUGCCCUGGGUGUUCCACACGAUGCCUGCCCCAUCCCAGAACAGCUGCCACCUCAGCUGCCUACCCCACAUCCCUUCGACAAACCCUCUAACCCAAACCAACUGCAGCACAGGAAAACAAAUGAAAGCAAUUGAAGACGGCGCUGGGUAUUGGGGCCUUUGUUUGCGCUGGCUGCUAACAGCAGAGGAGAGGAUGGAAGCAGUUGAGAUGUGGAUCAGCUUUGGCUGAUGGAAAGUGUGACGGAUGCACCAGCAGACCAAUGGCUGGGGAUGCUGGGGUUGUGCGUGGGUGUGAAAGGAAUGCUCACUGCGAGGCAAGAUCAAAAAAAAAACCCCAACCAAAACCAAAUAAAAACAGAGGAGAAGGAGCCUUAUCAGCA